UUUGUUUAGUAUGUAUCUCUCAAGCAACAUUGCCAGAAUAAUUAGUUUUCUUUUUCAGUCUUCCGAUCUGGAUAAUUUUCCAACCAUAAGCAUACAUGUUUUUCGGCAAAAGAAGGCACCGAUCAUAAGUCCCACAGAUCAGACGAUGAUUUCAGUGACGGAGAAAUAUUUCCCAAACAAAUGAGCUUAACGAUGAAAAAGUGCCUUCAGGACUUGACAACAUUGCAGUUCCCAUUGAGUAUUUUACAAAGUUUUUUUCAUUUGAUCUAAUGGAUAUAAUGGUCUAUCAGACAAAUCUUUAUAGUACUCAGCAACUUGGGCAAUGUAUUGAUAUAAAUCCGUCAGAAAUAACGGAUUUUCUAUCUAUACUGAUUAUGGUGUAAUAAAACUUCCUGCCAUAGAAUAUUUUUGGGCAGCUAGUAUAGAGUAGAU